AUGUUUUCAGCCAGAACAGUAAUCCGUGCCCUCCGUGCACCCGUCUCCCGGUCCGUGUCCCGAACAAUCUCGACUGUACCCCAGAAAUCGGUCCUGGCAUCAACAUGGAAGAGCUCCGCUCUUAUCCGACAGCCCCGCCUGAUCGCGCCUUUCUCAACCACCUUCCGUGCUUUCGAGAAGCAGGGUGUCGUGGACGAGGAACUUGCGCUGAAGCUCGAGUCGGAGCUUAACCUUGAGAAAGAGGUGUCCGAGAACGAUGAGAUCCCUCAGAUCGUGGCCGACUUCAUCCAGAACAGCUCCUUCAAGAUCAACGACAAGCCCGGCCAGGAAGAGGUCGAGCUCAUCCGCAAGUUCGGGGAUGAGACCAUCCGUGUUGUCUUCUCGAUUUCCGACCUGAACGCUCUUUCCGAGGAUGGUCUGAACGAGGACGCUCUUUUCGACGAGGAGGAGCCUUCGAUGCCUCGCAACUCCAUGCAGUCUGGAGGUGCUCAGUCGGCCGCCGGAAAGGAUAAUGGUAACAUCGCCGUCGCCGACGACGCCAAUGAGGAUGAGGAUGAGUUUGGCGACGAAGACGAGGAGCCUUCUUUCCCCGCUCGUGUCAAUGUCACCAUUGAGAAGCCCAACCAGGGUGCUCUCCAGGUCGAGGCCAUCGCACAAGACGGCAUGAUGGUCAUCGAGAAUGUAUUCUACCACAAGAACGCCACCCUGGCAACCGCUCAGACCGCGGAUGCCGAUUGGGAGAGGAGGGGCGUUUACGCCGGCCCUCCGUUUGGUAACCUUGACGAGGACCUUCAGGUUCUUCUCGAGCGCUACCUGGAUGAGCGAGGCAUCAACACCUCUCUGGCGCUCUUCAUCCCUGACUACAUUGACUACAAGGAGCAGAAAGAGUACCUGAGCUGGCUUGAAAACGUCAAGAACUUUGUUUCUGCUUAA